UCGCCCCCUCCCCACCCUGGAGCAGCAUCUCCUCCUGCUCCUUCUUCCUGCCCCUCUCCCCCAUCGCUGCCCCCCCGGCCCCGCCGUGUCAGGGGCUGGCUCGGAGCCUCCGCAGAAGGGCAGGUUAAUACCCGGGGCCAGCGCUCUGCCCCGCACUCCCAGCCCGGCUCAGCCAUGGCCAGGAUUUGCUGUGUCCUGCUGCUCUCGCUGCUGCUGCUCCUGCACAGCCCGGGCGCCUGCGGGGCCCCGCCGCAGCCCCGCGGCACCCUGUGCAGGACCAAGCCCACGGACCUGGUGUUCAUCAUCGACAGCUCGCGCAGCGUGCGGCCGCACGAGUUCGAGAAGAUCAAGGUGUUCGUGUCGCGCGUGAUCGAGGCGCUGGACGUGGGCCCCAACGCCACCCGCGUGGGCAUCAUCAACUACGCCAGCGCUGUGCGGAGCGAGCUGUCCCUGCAGGGCCCCCAGAGCAAGGCGGCGCUGCUGCAGGCCGUGCGCAGGAUCCAGCCCCUCUCCACGGGCACCAUGACGGGCCUGGCCAUCCAGUUCGCCAUCAGCCGCGCCUUCAGCGCCGCCGAGGGUGGCAGGGGCAGCGCGCCCAACUUCAAAAAGGUGGCCAUCGUGGUGACCGACGGCCGGCCCCAGGACGGGGUGCAGGACGUGUCUGCCCGGGCCAGGGCCGCAGGCAUCGAGAUCUUCGCCAUCGGCGUGGGCAGGGUGGACAUGGGCACGCUGAGGCAGAUGGCCAGCGAGCCCCUGGACGAGCACGUGGACUACGUGGAGAGCUACAGCGUCAUCGAGAAGCUGACCCACAAGUUCCAGGAGGCUUUCUGUGUGGUGUCUGACCUGUGUGCCACGGGGGACCACGACUGCGAGCAGGUGUGUGUCAGCACCCCGGCGGCCUACAGGUGUGCCUGCAGGGACGGCUUCAGCCUCAACAGCGAUGGCAAGACCUGCACUGCUUGCAAUGGUGGCUUGGGGUCUGCUCUGGAUCUUGUGUUCCUCAUUGAUGGCUCCAAGAGUGUGAGGCCUGAGAACUUCGAGCUGGUGAAGAAAUUCAUCAACCAAAUCGUGGAUUCGCUGGAGGUGUCGGACAAACAGGCCCAGGUCGGGCUGGUGCAGUACUCCAGCUCUGUCCGGCAGGAGUUCCCCCUGGGGCAGUUCAAGAGCAAGAAGGACAUCAAAGCAGCAGUGAAGAAAAUGUCCUACAUGGAGAAGGGGACCAUGACAGGCCAGGCUCUGAAGUACCUCGUUGACAGCUCCUUCUCCGUCAUCAACGGAGCCCGGCCCGGGGUCCCCAAGGUGGGGAUUGUGUUCACUGAUGGGCGCUCACAGGAUUAUAUCUCAGAUGCUGCCAAGAAAGCCAAGGACUCAGGAUUUCGGAUGUUUGCCGUGGGAGUGGGCAACGCCGUGGAGGACGAGCUGAGGGAGAUCGCCUCAGAACCCGUGGCUGAGCAUUAUUUCUACACUGCCGACUUCAGGACCAUCAGCAAGAUUGGGAAGAAACUGCAGAUGAAGAUCUGUGUUGAGGAAGAUCCAUGUGAGUGCAAAUCCAUCGUGAAGUUCCAGACCAAAGUAGAAGAGCUCAUCAAUUCCUUGCAGCAGAAACUGGAAGCUGUGGCCAAAAGAAUCGAAGCCCUGGAGAACAAGAUCAUCUAAAACCCCAUUCCAGCAGUUUUUCACCUCCUUCCCAAAGUAACAGAACCAGAACUGCUCCAUUUUUCAGGGAGGGCAGCUCAGCCCCAGGGCUCUGGGCAGCUUUUAUUAAGGUCUAGGCUACCUGCAUUUGUUUAAAAGGAAGAAUUAUUACAGUAGAGCAGACUUUGUAUAAAGGGCAGAGCACAGGGUGUGACUGAGAGUUAGACCAGGCUUGAGUUUGUUGCAUCCUAUAGAGUGCAUAUAUUCAAAAAAAGAAACAAAAACCUUGAAAGAUUUUUUUAUUUAAAGCUUAAUAUAUAUACGUGUUACUGAGUACUUGAUGAUGAGUUCUGUGAAUCCUCUGCUGCAGCUUUUGUUUCUAUGCAUGAGAUAAUUUAAUUUAAAAGUCGGAGUGACUUGGACUCACCCUCAGCUGCUGGGUGUGAAGGCCAAAGCUGAGCUCCUGGUUGUUGUCAGUAAUUAGGUGAGGUUUAGUCCUGAUCCUGAGCGUGCUCUGCAGGCAGGCUGGGCCAGGCUGAUGAGCCUGGGCUCCUCCCGAGCUGUGGAACUGGAAUGGGAGCAGCUUUCCCAGCAGGGAAUGGUGGCAGUGUCCCAGUGCCUGGGCUGAGCCUGCUCUGGGUGACAUGCAGGGGACCCUCUGUGGCCCUGAGUGCCACCAGCCAGGAGAUGUGCCCUGCUCUGGGUGACCCUGACCAGGUUCAGGGACCCUCUGUAGCUCUGUCAGAUGUGCCCCUCACCCGCAGCUGGAGCUCCGCUCCAUCCCCCACCCCGGGAAUGCUGCUGGAGCUGCCCUGGAACCAGAGCCUCGGUCCCUGCGCCCUCCCAGGCUCACCCCACAGCUCGGAGCAGCUCCCAGGCUCACCCCAGACCCUGCAGACUCUGCUGCUCCCGGAUUCCCUGGGAAUGGGGCUGGGAGCACCUCAGGCUGCCUGUCCCUGCAGCUGUACCUGGCCGUGGAUCCCCACGGCACUGCCGGAUGCCUUAGGGGAGGUUUAUGGGGUUUAUGGUUUUCUUUAUGGGGUUUUAUUUUUUGUAUCAAAAUAUUUAUACUUGAGACUACAUGAGAAAAGCUUUUCAGGGCGACUUGGCCUGUUCAGAAGCAUCACCA